CUUUCUCUCUCUUCUCUCUCUCUCUCACAGUUUUUCACUGUUUCGAUUCGACUCUCAGAUUUGUGGAUCGGUCCAUUGCUCAGCAUCCAUGACUAUGAUGACUCCUCCACCUGUAGAUCAAGAGGACGAAGAGAUGCUGGUGCCGUCUACGGAUGUGGUCGUCGAAGGUCCUCAGCCCAUGGAAGUAGCUCAAGUGGAGCCGGCUAGUACAGUUGAUAAUCAGCCUGUGGAGGAGCCUCCAACCAUGAAAUUCACUUGGACAAUUGAGAACUUUUCUAGAUUGAACACCAAAAAGCACUACUCUGACAUGUUCAUCGUCGGUGGUUAUAAAUGGCGGAUACUGAUUUUCCCUAAAGGAAACAAUGUGGACUACUUGUCAAUGUAUUUGGAUGUGGCGGAUUCGCAGGCGCUGCCUUAUGGUUGGAGUAGAUAUGCGCAGUUCAGCUUGGCGAUAGUGAAUCAGAUUCACAACAAGUACUCAAUUAGAAAGGAUACACAGCACCAAUUCAAUGCACGAGAAAGUGAUUGGGGAUUCACAUCAUUCAUGCCUCUCGGUGAUCUUUAUGACCCCGGUAGGGGUUACCUGGUGAAUGAUACAGUCGUUGUUGAAGCCGAGGUUGUUGUCCGUAAAGUCCUUGAUUACUGGUCGUAUGACUCGAAAAAGGAAACCGGUUAUGUUGGGCUCAAGAAUCAGGGAGCAACUUGUUAUAUGAAUUCACUUCUCCAGACUUUAUACCAUAUACCUUACUUCAGAAAGGCUGUGUAUCAUAUGCCAACAACUGAGAAUGACAUGCCUUCAGGAAGCAUUCCUUUGGCUCUUCAAAGUUUAUUCUAUAAGCUUCAAUACAACGAAAGCAGUGUUGCAACUAAAGAACUAACCAAGUCUUUUGGAUGGGAUACAUAUGAUUCGUUUAUGCAACAUGAUGUGCAGGAACUCAAUAGAGUUCUAUGUGAAAAGCUUGAGGACAAAAUGAAGGGAACUGUGGUGGAGGGUACAAUACAGCAGUUAUUUGAAGGACAUCACAUGAAUUACAUUGAAUGCAUCAAUGUGGACUACAAAUCUACAAGAAAGGAGUCAUUUUAUGAUCUCCAGCUUGAUGUAAAAGGAUGUCGUGAUGUUUACGCUUCUUUUGAUAAGUAUGUGGAAGUUGAACGUCUUGAGGGUGACAAUAAGUACCAUGCUGAAGAACAUGGUUUGCAGGAUGCUAAGAAGGGUGUCCUGUUUAUUGACUUCCCUCCAGUUCUUCAGCUUCAGCUAAAGCGAUUUGAGUAUGAUUUUAUGAGGGACACUAUGGUAAAGAUAAAUGAUCGUUAUGAAUUUCCUCUUCAACUUGACCUUGAUAGGGAGAAUGGCAAAUAUUUGUCACCGGAAUCAGAUAAGAGUGUGCGGAACCUCUACACUCUUCAUAGUGUCCUGGUUCAUAGUGGUGGCGUGCAUGGAGGACAUUACUAUGCUUUCAUCAGGCCAACCCUUACUGAUCAGUGGUAUAAGUUUGAUGAUGAACGUGUGACAAAAGAGGAUGUGAAGAGGGCAUUAGAAGAACAGUAUGGUGGCGAGGAAGAGAUGCCGCAGACUAAUCCUGGUUUUAAUAAUACUCCUUUCAAGUUUACAAAGUACUCGAAUGCGUACAUGCUUGUGUAUAUUCGGGAUAGUGACAAGGACAAAAUAAUAUGUGAUGUGGAUGAGAAGGACAUAGCUGAACAUCUAAGGGUAAGGUUGAAGAAAGAACAAGAGGAGAAGGAGGACAAGAGGAGAUAUAAAGCACAGGCCCAUCUUUAUACUAUUAUCAAGGUUGCUCGAGACGAGGACCUGGCAGAACAAAUCGGAAGGGACAUAUAUUUUGACCUUGUGGACCAUGACAAAGUUCGUAGUUUUCGAAUCCAGAAACAGACACCCUUUAACCUUUUCAAGGAGGAAGUUGCGAAAGAGUUGGGAAUACCAGUACAAUUUCAGCGAUUCUGGAUUUGGGCAAAGCGGCAAAACCACACAUAUCGGCCCAACCGACCAUUGACACCCCAGGAAGAAUUACAAACAGUUGGACAAUUGAGGGAGGCAUCAAAUAAAACACACAAUGCAGAGCUAAAGUUGUUUCUGGAAGUAGAGCUUGGGCCGGAGCAAGUUCCUAUCCCUCCACCGGACAAAACCAAGGAUGAUAUUCUACUUUUCUUUAAGCUCUAUGAACCUGAGAAACGAGAAUUACGGUUUGUUGGUCGGCUUUUUGUGAAGAGUUCUACCAAGCCAAUAGAAAUAAUAGCAAAAAUUAAUCAAAUGGCUGGUUUUGCUCCUGAUGAAGAAAUAGAACUCUAUGAGGAAAUAAAGUUUGAGCCUUGUAUCAUGUGUGAACAUCUUGACAAGAGGACCUCAUUUCGAUUAAGUCAGAUUGAAGAUGGUGACAUUAUAUGCUUUCAAAAACCUACUCCACUAGAAAGUGAAGAAUGUAAAUAUCCUGAUGUACCUUCAUUUUUGGAAUAUGUACACAACCGUCAGAUUGUUCAUUUUCGCUCUUUGGAGAAACCAAAAGAAGAUGAUUUUUCUUUAGAAUUGUCUAAGCUACACACUUAUGAUGAUGUGGUGGAGAAGGUGGCUUCCCAAAUUGGUUUGGACGAUCCUACGAAAAUCAGACUCACUGCGCAUAACUGCUAUUCUCAGCAACCUAAACCCCAACCCAUCAAAUAUCGAGGAGUAGAGCAUUUAACAGAUAUGCUAGUCCACUAUAAUCAAAGUUCUGAUAUUUUGUAUUAUGAAGUCUUGGACAUCCCCCUGCCAGAAUUACAAGGCCUUAAAAAUCUGAAAGUUGCAUUUCAUCAUGCUACAAAAGAUGAGGUGGUGAUUCACAAUAUAAGAUUGCCCAAGCAAAGCACCGUUGGGGAUGUGAUUAAUGUACUAAAAACGAAGGUAGAGCUAUCUCAACCAAAUGCAGAACUUCGGCUUCUUGAGGUGUUCUAUCACAAGAUCUACAAGAUCUUCCCACACAGUGAAAAAAUUGAGAAUAUAAAUGACCAGUACUGGACAUUGCGUGCAGAGGAGAUUCCAGAAGAAGAGAAAAACUUGGGUGCUAAUGAUCGCUUGAUUCAUGUUUACCACUUCACGAAAGAGACCGCACAGAACCAGAUGGUACAGAAUUUCGGGGAACCUUUCUUCUUGGUUAUUCAUGAAGGUGAAACUUUAGCUGAAGUGAAAGCGCGCAUACAAAAGAAAUUGCAGGUCCCUGAUGAGGAGUUUGCAAAGUGGAAGUUUGCAUUCUUGUCAUUGGGUCGUCCCGAGUACCUACAGGACACUGAUGUAGUUUCUAGUCGUUUUCAGAGAAGAGAUGUUUAUGGUGCUUGGGAGCAGUACCUGGGGUUGGAGCAUGCUGAUACUGCUCCAAAGAGAUCAUAUGCAGUAAAUCAGAACCGUCACACAUAUGAGAAGCCAGUUAAGAUAUACAACUAAGAAAGCUGUUGAUCCUCGACCAUUGCAUCAGUUUGUACUAAGCAUCCUUUGCUGCAACAGAAGCAGUUUGGAAAUAACCAGGAUGAGAGCUGAGUGGUACAGCUAAAGAAACAAUGAAGCUCACAUAGAGGUCACUUGGUAGGAUUUUUCAAUAUUUUUGUGGGCCCAAAUAUUUUUUCAUGUGGGUGGGGAGAGGGAGGUAUAAUCCCUUAGGAUGUGUAGUAUUGCUAGUACUCCCUGCCUGAGUUCUGCUGUCUGUUAUUUUCCUUUUAUUUAUUUCUCCGUGGUGACGGCAGCCCCUUUCUUCCGGAAGGUUGAUUGCUUUCCAUUAUACAGCUCCAUAGAAAUUUAGCAGUACAUAAGAAGAUUUUUGAGGGCAUGUAUAUUGCGGGUACAGUCAGCUGCAUUUUGGAUUGCUUGGUUAUAAUAUUUAUUUCUGUAUCUCCAUUACUUUUAGCUUGGUGGAAAUGAGUUGUAAGAGCUUGUAA